GGCGCGGUGGUUGGUCAGCUGACUGUCAACCGACUGCAGGAGCUCGAGCAGCGGCGGAGAGACGCAGAUUGAUCAGGAUGGACUUCAGCAAACUCCCCAAAAUCCGAGAUGUGGAGUACGAGACAAUGAUCGGAUAUGUUCAUGGUGUCUCUGGACCCGUUGUCACUGCCUCAAAUAUGGCUGGAGCAGCGAUGUAUGAGCUGGUCCGUGUAGGCCACUCUGAGCUGGUUGGAGAGAUUAUUCGCUUGGAGGGAGACAUGGCCACAAUCCAGGUCUAUGAAGAAACCUCUGGUGUAUCUGUCGGAGAUCCUGUGUUGCGAACAGGGAAGCCCCUAUCUGUGGAGCUGGGACCUGGCAUUAUGGGAGCCAUCUUUGAUGGAAUCCAGCGACCCCUGAAGGACAUCAAUGAUCUGACGCAGAGUAUUUACAUCCCUCGUGGGGUCAACGUAAAUGCUCUGAGUAGAGACUUAAAAUGGGAGUUUACACCUUCCAAAAAUAUGCGGGUUGGUAGUCACAUCACUGGUGGAGAUAUAUAUGGUUUUGUGUUUGAAAAUUCUCUUAUUAAGCACAAAAUCAUGCUUCCUCCAAAAAACAGAGGAACUGUGACAUAUGUUGCCCCAGCAGGGAACUAUGAUGUCUCUGAUGUAGUUCUGGAGCUUGAAUUUGAAGGAAUUAAGGAGAAAUUCACCAUGGUUCAGGUCUGGCCUGUCCGUCAGGUCAGGCCAGUCACUGAGAAGCUUCCGGCAAGUCAUCCCCUACUGACAGGACAGCGAGUGCUAGACGCUCUUUUCCCGUGUGUGCAAGGUGGAACAACGGCCAUCCCUGGUGCCUUUGGUUGUGGAAAAACUGUCAUUUCUCAGUCUCUCUCAAAGUACUCCAACAGUGAUGUGAUCAUCUACGUUGGAUGUGGGGAGCGUGGCAAUGAGAUGUCUGAAGUACUGAGAGAUUUCCCAGAGCUGACGAUGGAAGUUGAUGGAAAAGUAGAAAGCAUCAUGAAGCGAACAUCUUUAGUGGCUAAUACAUCCAAUAUGCCUGUCGCUGCCAGAGAAGCUUCCAUCUAUACUGGUAUUACACUUUCUGAAUAUUUCCGGGACAUGGGUUACCACGUCAGCAUGAUGGCAGACUCCACCUCCCGGUGGGCUGAGGCCUUGCGAGAAAUCUCCGGACGACUGGCGGAGAUGCCUGCUGACAGUGGUUAUCCUGCUUACCUAGGUGCCCGUUUAGCCUCAUUUUAUGAGCGUGCAGGCCGCGUCAAGUGUCUGGGAAACCCCGAGAGAGAGGGCAGUGUCAGCAUUGUCGGAGCUGUCUCGCCCCCUGGUGGUGAUUUUUCUGAUCCUGUGACAUCAGCUACACUUGGCAUCGUGCAGGUAUUUUGGGGUUUGGAUAAGAAGUUGGCGCAACGUAAACAUUUUCCUUCAGUCAAUUGGCUGAUCAGCUACAGCAAGUACACCCGUGCACUGGACGAGUACUAUGAAAAGCACUUCACUGAAUUUGUGCCACUCAGGACCAAAGCUAAAGAAAUCCUGCAGGAGGAAGAGGACCUCGCAGAAAUUGUCCAGCUUGUCGGAAAAGCAUCUCUGGCAGAGACAGAUAAAAUAACACUGGAGGUGGCAAAGUUGAUAAAGGACGAUUUCCUACAACAGAAUGGAUACACUCCCUAUGACCGCUUUUGUCCUUUCUAUAAAACUGUCGGUAUGCUGUCAAAUAUGAUUGGCUUCUAUGAUAUGGGUCAUGCAGUGGAGUCGACGGCACAAAGUGACAAGCUCACAUGGUCAAUUAUCCGUGAGCACAUGGGGGAGAUUCUGUACAGGCUGAGCUCCAUUGAAAUUCAAGGUAACCAUAAUCUUUUCUUCCAGGACCCAGUGAAAGAUGGAGAGGCAAAAAUCAAGGCAGACUACAUACAACUUUUUGAAGACAUGCAAACUGCAUUCCGUAGUCUAGAAGAUUAAAAUGGGUUUUCUCUGAGAAUACUUGAAACAAAACCUGUUUUUCCCCAGUAUUUAUGUUUUUUUUUGUUUCCUUGCAUUCCUUUUCUACAUUUAACAUGUUGUGUUCAAUGUCUGGUUAUUAACUCAUCGUUCAGUCAACCUUUGAUAUAGUUUAUUCUGGAUGUUUGUACAAGUGUGGGGUCUGCUUACCAGUAGUGAAACACGUAUCAGUAUUCUGUCUCUGCCAUAACUGGUAUUGUAUGCUUUUGAUUUUUUUUUGUAAAUCACAAGUCCAGUUCACUUUUAAACCACUGCAAGUGUGACCACCUCUCCUUAUUUUUUAAGCCACUGGCAUAUGAGCUGUAAGGUGUCCAUAUUAUAUUCAGCUUUUGUACAUAUUCAGAAUUGUUAUCUGCACUAUUGCAGUCAUAAAGCUUUAAUCUUGCCUUGAAGUCUUGUUGGCUGAAAUUAAAACAUUUGGAAUUAACUGUUUUGGCAUGAAGUACUUCAGUUUGUGAAACAAUCCUCAAUGUGUGAGGAAGUCUCUUGUGACUUUUUGCCUGAGUGAAGCUAUGGGGAAAGGGGAAGUUCAGUAAUAGCAAGCAGGUCUACCAGCUCCAUUUCCAGCAUCACUGUCAACUGGUGUUAAAGAGAUGCAUAGAAAAUAUAGCCUUGUUAGAUUUUCCAUUAUUGCCCAAAGGAACCAACUCUGUAUGCAAGCCUGUUUGAGACCCUAAAUGCAGAACCAAAGAUAUCUUGUCCUGCAAAUUAAACAACUGAAGGCUAAGUGUUGGUCCUUGGUAAUUUAAGCUUUGCAUCCUUUUCAUAGAAUUUUAUAUGAAGCAUGGGGUUUGGCAAUCUGUCCUAGCUCUAGCUCCAUUUAUAGUGCACAUUGAGCUUUCAGAAUCUGAUUCCUUGUGAAAUUCAGACUGCUUUCUAUAGAAAACUCAGUGGCCUUUGACAUUCUUGGAGGUUUUCAAUAGAAAGCACUUCUAACUGUAUGGAAAAGUCUAAUACUAAGCUGACAUUACAGCAGGUCGGCUCUAGGUUUUGGAUUGUGGCUGUUAUUUGGCAAAGGAGGUUUUAGAAAGCCAUCUGUAUGGAAUACCAGGUUAAGAUAUGGAAUUAGGGCAAUAAAAUGUACAAUUGAAUAUUUUCCAUUCCCAAAUCUGUUGGGUUGUGUAAAAUUCAAAGAUGUGAGCCAGAAAACAAAGUCAGAGAGAAAAUUGGCAGUGUAUGUUAGGAAUACAGUGAGGCCAAGGUUAUCUUGGUGAGACAAGCUUUUCAAACCGGAAAAGCAGAUUUGAGGAGGAAUUAUGGAAUGAGCUUUUGGUGCAUGGUACAAUGUACCUGCCAGCGUAACCUGUUCAAAUUGGGUUAGUGUUGCUGCUUCUACCUGUGUUCUUGAGUAACUCUGCUUAAGUUUUAUUUUAUUUGACUACCAUCGGAAUCUUUCAGUUGCAUCUCCCAGAAGCAUGGCUCUUUGCCAAGAAUUUUAACUGAUGGAUAACAUUUUCUCAUUGCACAAGUUAAUUUUGAUUCAUGAUGUGUGACUGGUCUGUGACUUAAACACUAUAUUUUAGGGGUAGCUUGUUGGUUUCUUGUCUGCUGGUAUUGUUACUGGAUCUCUAAUCCUAUGGUAGGAUGUAUUAUUUUGGAAAUAACAGUGCAAUGUUAUUGAAAAGAUUAGAUUAUCUCAUUGCUUAUGUGCCUGGUAGAAGGAUUGUGUGCUUGCUCAACUGUUAUCUAACAUUUGUAACCGUUCAUUAUGCUCUCUGACAGUUGUCAAAGUUCUGAUUGGUGAAAGGAGCUUGCCUUAAGUGCUUGUGUAAGAUAUUUCUAAAUAUGAAGCAAUAGAGCAAAAGAUGGUGCAUGAAAGUCAGGUUAGAGCAUUCCUCCUGGAGUUGAGAACAGUGAGCAGAGUUUAGAGGGGAAAAUAUCACUGAGUUAAUGCUAGUGAGCUAAAUAGUUUCAGUCCAUGUUAAAUUAAUAGUUUAAUAUCCUGAAGUCCCAUACUCCCAUACAAGGUUAGCAAGAGAUUACGAUGAUUUAUAUGGAAGUAUUUAGUGAUCUAUGAAAAUGUAACACAUUGCCAUGUAUUAAAGCUCAUGCCAGUUCAAUAAACUAAUUUGUUUCUAUAAAUCUACCGUUGGGAAGCAAUGUGAGAAUUGUCAAUUUAAUUAUUUUCAGUCCAGUUUUGACAACUAAUUUGUAUUUUUCAAAAUAAUUAAACAAAUUUCCUUAGAACCUAUUUUGAAAGUUUUUUAACUGUGUAAUACUCAUCAUAAAACUUAGAAUGUAGUCUACAUUUUUGUUUAAACUUGGUUUAAAGAAGCCAGCAAGAUCAGUUUCAGCUGCGUACUCAUUGGUGAAUUGUCCAUGGAAAUGUCUGCAGUUCAUCUUGUCCAAGGAAAGGAAGUAAAGUCCAUGUUGCCAAUAACUUUGGAUUUGGCCCUUAGCUUUCUAAAGAUUAUUUAACAUUUUCACUGUGAAAUUGCUGAAAGGAAUCAGGGCAGUGGAAAUCUGUCUGACCUCUGCUUGCUUGCGCCUGGAAUGUUGGAUCUUUGACUAAAGAGGAAAAUCAAGUGCAAAUGAUGAAUAUCUGUGGCAAAUGAAGAACAUUCUGCACACCCGGAGCAGACAAGGUGGUUUCCUCAAAUAACAUGAUUUUUGUAAGCAGGAAAUGCCUGUAUGAAAACAGACAGUCGCUGCACUUCACUCAUUCCCCCUCCACUUCAUGUCAGAAAUGUAAUGCAGCAAAUAGCAGUGAUGUGGGUGUCAUUAAUUAUUGCUGUAUCAGAUAUAAGAGUAUAUUUGGAAUUUAAAGUGGUGAUUAAAUUAUACAUAGUGAUUAAUGUAAGGCAAUAAUUGUAUUUUUUUCAAUUCACUGUUCAGGAAAUGAUCUCUCUGUGCACAGGAUGGUUACGUUUUUAAAAUUUAGUCAUUGUGCAAAAUUGUUAAAAAAAAUUAUAAACUAAAUAAAGUUGUAAUGGUGUUCCGUGA